UGAAAGGACCACAUAACUCCUGGUGCAGCAAAGAGGUUCUCCUUCUGCAAGGCAUUUUCUGGACUCCUGAGAAAUUAUUUUGAAUAACAUGGCAGAGAAGGAUUUCAUCAGUUGGCAUCUGCUGGCUUUAUUUUUUCUUCCAUUUUGCCUGUGUCAAGAAGAAUACAUGGAGGUGAGCAGAAGAUCUUAUAAACCAGUGGCCAAAGUAUUGCAAAGUCACCACCAGACUGGCCAUAAAGGUUCCAGAAGCAGGGAAAAUUUGAAACAGCGGAGUCAACUUAUAGAGUGGACUGUUGCUAAUAGCUCUUCUACAGACCAAAAUGUCCUGAGACCAGAGGUAGAUGAUGUAGAACUGACUACCUCAGAUAGAGUCCAGCCGCCGCAAACUGGACCGCAGAAUCCAGACUGUAGUUCCUGCUGCCGUGGUGACUUUGGAGUUCGGCUAUACCAAGGACCCCCAGGACCUCCCGGUCCCCCUGGGAUGCCAGGAAAUCAUGGAAACAAUGGAAACAAUGGAGCAACUGGCCAGGAAGGAGCCAAAGGUGAGAAAGGAGACAAAGGAGAUAUGGGACCGCGGGGUGAGCGUGGCCAUCAUGGACCCAAAGGCGAGAAGGGUUACCCUGGGAUUCCUCCAGAGCUACAGGUUGCUUUCAUGGCUUCCAUGGCUACUCACUUCAGCAACCAGAACAGUGGGAUCAUCUUCAGUAGUGUCGAAACCAACGUUGGAAAUUUCUUUGAUGUUAUGACUGGGAGAUUUGGUGCUCCGGUGAAUGGGGUGUAUUUCUUCACCUUCAAUAUGAUGAAACAUGAAGAUGUGGAGGAAGUGUAUGUGUACCUGAUGCAUAAUGGUAACACAGUAUUCAGCUUAUAUAGCUAUGAAUCAAAAGGGAAAGCAGACACUUCAGGAAACAGUGCGGUGCUAAAACUUGCCAAGGGAGAUGAAGUCUGGCUGCGAAUGGGAAACGGAGCUCUCCAUGGGGACCAUCAACGCUUCUCCACCUUUGCUGGGUUUCUUCUCUUUGAAACCAAGUAAAGAAAGAAACAACCAAGUAGGUGUUUACCUGAGGAAGCUUCUUACUGGGAACUGGCAUUUUUCUUGGACUGUGGAAUUGCAUUACGACAUGUAAAGAUCAAGAAGGCUUGUUUUGAUGCAAUGUGUUGCUAUUUCUGUAUCAGAGACGAGCAGAAUACACCGGAUAGUUGACACAAUUACAGAUGCACGGAGGAUGUAUUGUCAUCUAGGCUGCAGCUGUUCAAUGUUGUGAUUGCUGUCUUCUCCAAAGCGACUGAAAAACAAAGGGGAAGGAGUUUUAGUAAUUUAGAGAGCAGUUUGCACAGUAAAGCCAAUUUUGUCUGUAAAUAUACUCUAUUUAAAUAUACACCAGGAAGUGAACAAUGUUUUUCUGUUCUUUUAUUCAGUUCUUAUGACAUGUUCAUUUAAAUUUGCAUCAUGGAAACAGGCCUGAAUGAAUUACAAGUAGGCUCAGCUGAGACCAGAUUUAAAGGAAGCUUGGACUAGAAUGAAUUUUACAAAUAGAAAGAAAAAAAUGUGAAAAUUAAGGUGUCAAGGAUUCAGGUUUAUUGCAUCCCCAUCUCAAACCUCUGAAGAUAAUUUUUCACAGAUUUUUAGUACAUAUUUAUGCUUACUCUCUCUAAAAAAAAAAAAAAAAAAAAAAGACUGUUAAUAAUUUAAUAAUUCUUGCCUCAGUAGGAGCUCAAAGCUAAGGUAACUUAGUCUGCAGGGUACAUGAGACUGGACAGGGGAACCAUAAUGUUUCUUCCAAGCUUUUCAGUUGUUGAAACCUGAUGUAACUGAAUGCAAGCUGUCAAAGCAGAGGUAUAUAUGCUGGAGAAGUUGGGAUAUGUCAACAGCACAAACAGAGAAACACACUUUGUGAAGUUUGGAGCUCUUUUAGAAGGAUGUAUAUUUUAGUAUGGCAUAUUUACUUAGCAGCGAAGUUGUUGAUACAGUUUUAUUACCAACCUUCCAAGAGCCAGUAUUUCAGGAAAAGACAUUGCAGCCUAGCAAAGCAGCAGAGACCCAGUUCAUAUUUAACUGGUGAAAGCAAACACUGGCUGGCUUAGAAGUUCUGACCACAGUAAAUCAGGUCAUUCUUCAGCAUUAAUAUUUCAUUAAUAUUUGCCACCAGUUUUUCAAAAUUUGGCUACCUGAAAUCCUGUCUUGCUAUUUUCUUUUCAUCAGAAUCAGCACUGAAUAUACUAAAACAAUAUUGAAGUUUGUAUAUAUUUUCUGCACAUUCUGUCUCUCCACACGCAAGCUAAUGAAAUACAAAUUACAUUUUAAAAGGGGAUCACACAUACAUUACCUGUCAUUAAUGUGUAACAAGCAGGUGCGGUUAGGGCAAUAUAUAUCUGAAAUUCUCUUCUGUUGGCUAAAGGUACCAUUAUCUCUCCAAUAGAGAAAGUGAAUCAAAAUCUGCCCUAUCAGUGUCUGUGUUCUUGUACGCUUUCCUAGUGUAUGGAAACCAUGUCUUAUGAUGAAAAAUGCAUGUUGAUACUUGAUGAUUAUGACUUGUGAAUUUUUUAGUUUUAUGCAUCAACCACUGAAAAUAUUAGCUUUAAUGAACUGUCCUCUGAUGACUUUUAUUUUUUUUACAUGAUUUUGGGUUGGGUUUGCACCACAUAAGUUUUCAAAACCUGAGACCAUGUUAUUUUAAUUAGUAUUUUAGUAACAUUCUGGCAUGCCUUCAAUUUAAAACUCAC